UUUUUUGUCAUUCAUUUUGUCUCAUAAACCGUAUUUAUAGCUAUUCAAUUUCAUUUCUUACCUAAUUUUUCCUAUUCCAAGUCUAAUAAAAUGGGGAAAAAUACUUUUCUACUCCCAUUAUUAUUACUAUUAGGGAGUUUUGUAGGGCUCACGGAGCCCUAUAAGAUUCUCAUGUAUACUAAUUUAUUCGGUCACAGUCAUAUUAAAAUGUUGGGUGCUGUCUCGGAUACUCUAACUGAUGCGGGUCAUGAUUUGACAGUCCUCAUGCCAGUAAUUGAUUUUAAACAAGAAAACAAAACCGCAAUGAAAUCUACAAAAAAUAUAAUUAAAAUCCAACCAGGACAGGAUAUUUCCAAGACAAUUGAGACAAUGGAGAAGUUUAUGACACAGUUGUGGACUACUGAUAACUCGAAUCCAUUGUUCAUGGUUUUUCACGCUCCCGCAAUGUCAGCCAUUUUCGCUUCCCAGUGCAGAAAAGUUUUGGAGGAUAAGGAGCUUAUUGAGAGGUUGAGAGCAGAAAAUUUCGACCUGGCAAUCACAGAACCAUUUGAUACGUGUGCAUAUGCCCUCUUCGAAGCCAUUAAAAUCCGUGCUCACGUGGCAGUUCUCUCUUGCAGUCGCCUUGAUCAUGUUUCAAAAGCAAUUGGUCAACCAAUCGCCCCAAGUUAUGUACCUGGAACUCAAUCAACUCAUGGAGAAAGAAUGACAAUUUGGCAAAGAUUUAUGAAUAUACUUCAUUUUUUAAUGGGAGAUUUCUUGUUCAGUUAUAUUGGAGAUGAAGAUUUCAAGGUGGCAAAGGAAAUUAUUCCGGGAGUCAGAUCGUGGAGAGAAGUACUUCCAGAAGCCUCAUUCAUCUUCACUAAUCACAUUCCCCUUAUGGAUUUCCCUGCUCCAACAUUUGACAAAAUCAUUCCAAUUGGAGGAAUUUCAGUGAAAACCCAAAAGAAAAGUUUGGAACUUCCAGAAAAAUGGAACAAGAUUCUCGGACUUCGCAAGAAAAAUAUUUUGGUCUCUUUUGGUUCAAAUGCGAGAUCUGCUGAUAUGCCAGAGCAUUUUAAGCAAAAUGUCCUGAAAGUUGCUGAAUCUAUGCCAGAUGUCACUUUUAUUUGGAAGUAUGAGAAUGAGAAAGACACAUUGGCAGACCAUUUGGAUAAUGUUUAUUUGGGAGAUUGGUUACCACAAAAUGAACUUUUAGGUGAUCCACGUCUAUCUCUUUUUGUGACCCAUGGAGGACUUGCCAGUGUGACUGAAUUGGCAUUGAUGGGAAAGCCAGCCGUUAUGGUUCCCCUAUUCGCUGAUCAAGCAAGAAAUGCAAACAUGUUGAAACGGCAUGGUGGAGCUGCUGUCCUUCAUAAAACUGAUUUGGGAAAUGCGGAAACUAUCAGGAAUACCAUCAAGAAAGUACUGGAAAAUGAAAAAUACCGUGUGAACGCAGAACGACUUGCUGAAAUGCUGAAUAAUCAGCCAACGAAUCCAAAGGACACACUCAUCAAACACGUGGAAUUUGCUGCUAAAUUCGGACAAUUACCAUCAAUGGAUCCAUAUGGUCGACACCAAUCGUACAUUGAAUAUUAUCUUCUUGAUAUUAUUUCUAUUGCUCUUGUACUUAUUUUGACUACCAGCUUUAUCUCAUUCCAACUCAUCAAAUGCACUUUCAGAAUGUGCUGUGGAAGUGGGAAAGUAAAGAAAGAUUAAUUUCUUCUACAUACUGUAUUUCCUCUAUUAGUUUUGCAUCUAAAAUCACUAAUCGAAAAUUAGUUUUGCACUCUCUAUUAGUUUUGCACCUCCAUUAGUUUUGCAUCAAAUUAGGUGUCCGAAAAAAAAAUUUAAAAAAAUUCAUCAUGUUUCAAUGAAUUAUUAUAAUUUUGUACAAACAAAAGAGUUUACUAUUGAAAUGAUUAUCUUUAUUUCUCUCACAUGAUAACUUCAACUACUUAUGUAUAUACAUCAAAUUAAAUUAACAUGGUUGUAAAAAGUUUGCAAUACCAAUAAAAAUACGAUUUGGCAACUUUUUUUAUCACCUUUAGUGAUUAAAAAAAUUGCAGUUUCAAUGAG